UUGUCAGUGUUAACAAAGCUUUCGUUGGUAUACCUUUCAGGUGACGUUUGCAGAGAGAAGAAGUAAACUGUCAAGGAAUUCAUACCAUUUGUUACCUGUUUUUUGGACCAACUUAAGGAGUUUUUGAUUUAUCAGAUCAACUGGAAACAGAAAAUGAAAAGUAGUGUGGCACACAUAAAACAUUCUUCUGGUCAUGACAAAAGGGAAAACUAUAAUUCCUAUCAGAGGACCUCCUCUCCAGAAGACAGAUAUGGAGAACAAGAAAGAUCCCCUAGGGAUAGAGAUCACUUUGAUUACAGCAGGUCAGACUAUGAGCAUUCAAGAAGAGGACGUUCUUAUGAUAGUAGCGUGGAGUCACGGAGUAGGGACCGAGAAAAACGCAGAGAAAGAGAAAGAGAUAUGGAUCGUAAAAGGUCUCGGAAGUCUCCAACUCCUGGGAGAAGAAGCCCAGAACCAUCAGUAACCCAGAGUUCCUCUGCUCAGGAUGAACCUACUGCAAAGAAGAAGAAAGAUGAGCUGGAUCCUCUUCUUACUCGCACCGGUGGAGCAUAUAUUCCUCCUGCAAAGCUCAGGAUGAUGCAAGAGCAGAUUACAGAUAAAAACAGCUUAGCGUACCAGAGGAUGAGCUGGGAGGCCCUAAAGAAGUCAAUCAAUGGUCUUAUCAACAAAGUCAACAUUUCUAAUAUAGGUAUUAUUAUUCAAGAACUUCUUCAAGAAAACAUAGUUAGAGGAAGAGGCCUGCUCUCUAGAUCUGUUUUGCAAGCACAGAGUGCUUCUCCAAUCUUCACCCAUGUUUAUGCAGCGUUAGUGGCAAUUAUCAACUCAAAAUUUCCACAGAUCGGAGAAUUAAUCCUCAAGAGGUUAAUUCUUAAUUUCCGAAAAGGCUAUCGAAGAAAUGAUAAGCAACUUUGUCUUACUGCUUCAAAAUUCGUGGCACAUCUUAUUAACCAAAAUGUGGCACAUGAAGUUUUAUGCCUGGAGAUGCUCACUUUGCUCCUGGAAAGACCAACAGAUGAUAGUGUUGAAGUAGCUAUUGGUUUUCUCAAGGAAUGUGGCCUCAAAUUAACACAAGUGUCACCAAGAGGAAUCAAUGCUAUAUUUGAGCGCCUCCGAAACAUUCUCCAUGAGUCUGAAAUUGACAAAAGAGUUCAGUAUAUGAUUGAAGUGAUGUUUGCUGUACGGAAGGAUGGAUUCAAGGACCACCCUGUUAUCCUAGAAGGACUUGACUUAGUGGAAGAAGAUGAUCAGUUCACCCAUAUGCUCCCUCUGGAGGAUGACUAUAAUCCAGAAGAUGUUCUUAAUGUUUUCAAGAUGGAUCCUAAUUUUAUGGAGAAUGAAGAGAAGUACAAAGCAAUUAAGAAAGAAAUUCUUGAUGAGGGAGAUAGUGACUCAAACACAGACCAAGAUGCUGGAAGUAGUGAAGAGGAAGAGGAAGAAGAGGAUGAAGAGGGAGAAGAAAAUGAAGAAGGACAAAAAGUGACUAUUCAUGACAAAACAGAAAUUAAUCUAGUCUCAUUUCGUCGUACAAUUUAUCUUGCUAUUCAGUCAAGUUUAGAUUUUGAAGAAUGUGCUCACAAAUUGCUGAAAAUGGAGUUCCCUGAAAGCCAGACAAAAGAACUCUGCAACAUGAUACUUGACUGCUGUGCCCAACAGAGGACAUAUGAAAAAUUUUUUGGCUUAUUAGCUGGGCGAUUUUGCAUGCUAAAAAAAGAAUACAUGGAAUCCUUUGAAAGUAUAUUCAAAGAACAGUAUGAUACCAUCCAUCGCUUGGAAACAAACAAAUUGAGAAAUGUUGCUAAGAUGUUUGCUCACCUUUUAUACACUGAUUCACUUCCAUGGAGUGUUCUUGAAUGUAUAAAGCUAAGUGAAGAAACCACUACAUCAUCCAGUAGAAUUUUUGUUAAAAUAUUUUUCCAAGAACUGUGUGAAUAUAUGGGUCUUCCUAAACUUAAUGCAAGAUUAAAGGAUGAAACCCUACAGCCAUUUUUUGAAGGGUUAUUACCCCGAGAUAAUCCAAGAAACACUCGGUUUGCCAUCAACUUCUUUACUUCUAUAGGUCUUGGAGGUUUAACGGAUGAAUUGCGUGAGCAUCUCAAAAAUACACCAAAGGUCAUUGUGGCGCAGAAACCAGAUGUUGAGCCAAAUAAAUCCUCCGCCUCCUCUUCCUCUUCUGCAUCUUCCUCUUCGGAGUCUGACUCCUCUGCCUCUGAUUCGGACAGCAGUGACAGCAGUUCAGAGGCUUCCAGUGAGGAGAGCGAUUCUUCGUCCAGCAGUAGUCAGAGCUCUGCCUCAGCUAAAGAUAGAAGAAAGAAGGGACAAGGGAACACCAGAAGUAAAGAAGUAGAUAAAUUGCUCAGGAAACAACAAACCCAUGAUAGGAAAGAAGAAGAAAGAAGGCCAGAGCAAAGGCAUCAGGAAACACGGACUGAAAGAGAAAGAAGGUCAGAAAAACAUAAAGAUAAAAAUUCAAGGGAUCCAAAUUGGAGAAAUCCCAUAACGAAAUACACUUCAGACAGAGGUGUUCCUUCUGAACGAAAUAGUUACAGUAGAAUCAUGAAUGACAGAGACCAAGAAGCACACACAGAUUUGGAAAAUAAGCAUGGUGAUCCCAAAAAGAAGAGAGGAGAGAGAAGAAAUUCUUUUUCUGAAAAUGAGCAUAGACACCGAAAUAAGGACAGUGAAAAUGCUAUAAGGAAAGAUAGAUCAAAGUCAAGAGAAAAGAAUAGAAAACAUUCAGGUUCUAGAAGUGAUGAAGAUAGAUAUCAGAAUGGUGCCGAAAGGCGUUGGGAAAAAUCUAGCAGAUACUCUAAACAAUCCAGAGAAUCAAAGAAACAUCAGGACCGGCGAAGAGAAAAGUCUCCAACAAAGCAAAAAAAAUAAUUCUACAAAAUUACAGAAACUGAACAUGCCUUAUAUUCAGUUGAAACAAAUUAUUUUUUACAUUAAGGAACUUUAUGGAGAAUUCUUGUAUAAAGUACUGGUUUGUAUUUGUACAUUUAAAAUUUUUUUCAUUUUAACAUGUUUUAUAAUUGAUACAUCUCAAGGCCCUCCACAUAGAAUUAUUUGAAAAGUUUCACCAGAGAGGGAUGUAAUUCUUGCUUCUAUUUUGUUAAUAAAAUGAUCAAAUGCUCAUUGAA